AAUAAAUAUUACAAAAACAACAUUUUUUAAAUAAAUUUCUAAUGAAUAUUCAUUACACAUAUUAGAAUUUGAAAUUAACUUGAGUUCAGUAUUCGCUUCCGAUUGUCUUUUUCUUUGCUGCAUCUUCUCUAAUACACGAGAUCAGCAUGUCGUCCCACUUGAAUUGGAUGAUAGUCCGCAACAACAAUGCUUUCUUAUUAAAAAAAAGAAAUAUCAAUAAACCCUUCUCAACGGAACCCAAUAAUCUGACUAACCUAAGCAGCUAUCGCUACUCUGGAUUGGUUCACAGAAAAACAGUGGGUGUCGUUGAUACUCCUGAUAAAAAAGGCUUUACUGUUGUCUACAAAAAACCCAAAUCUGUUAUGAAACCAGCAAAAGCUACUAUCCGAAGGACUAUGAAGGCUGGAGCUCGAAGAUCAUUGUAUAAGCUGAAGAACUUAUUGUCAUGCAAUAAAUAUCGUCGUGAUCUUAUCAAGCCUGCUCUUCGCCGUGCAAGUGCUGUUCUUCGGUCACAGAAGCCUUUACCAGCUAAGAAAACUAGAGCACCUAAAAAAGCUGAUUAAUUAUUGAGUUUCUAUAAUAAAAUACUUUAAAAAAAAAA